UUUGGCCUGGACGUUUGUCUGGAAGGCGCUCACACAACUUCUGGAUCUGAGUCAGGACUUUGUGCAUCCGUCUUGGCCGGACUUCCCGCUGCAGCUGUCCCGGCUCACUCUCCGGGUCGGCGUCUCAGGGUCCCAGGGGCCAGCGACCCCCCCCUCCCCCUUUGGAGCCCCAGACCCGAGCCUGCGCCAUGGACGGGGCAGGCGAGCUGCUCUUCUACGUGAACGGCCGCAAGGUGAUAGAAAAAAAUGUUGAUCCUGAAACAAUGCUGUUACCAUUUCUGAGAAAGAAGCUUCGACUCACAGGAACUAAGUAUGGCUGUGGAGGGGGAGGCUGUGGUGCCUGCACAGUGAUGAUAUCACGAUAUAACCCCGUUACCAAGAAGAUAAGACAUUACCCAGCCAACGCCUGUCUGAUGCCCAUCUGUUCUGUGUACGGCGCUGCCGUCACCACAGUGGAAGGCAUAGGCAGCACCAGGACCAGGAUUCACCCCGUUCAGGAGAGGAUCGCCAGGUGCCACGGCACACAGUGUGGCUUCUGCACCCCUGGGAUGGUGAUGUCCAUGUACGCGCUGCUGAGGAACCAUCCGGAUCCCACCCUGGACCAGUUAACUGAUGCCCUUGGUGGUAACCUGUGCCGUUGCACUGGAUACAGGCCCAUCGUUGAUGCAUGCAAGACCUUCUGUAACACUUCUGGCUGCUGCCAAAGUAAGGAGAAUGGGGUUUGCUGUUUGAAUCAAGGGAUAAACGGAUUCCCAGAACCUGAGGAAGGAAAUAAGACAAGUUCAAAACUCUUCUCAGAAGAGGAGUUUCUGCCACUGGAUCCAACUCAGGAAUUGAUUUUUCCUCCCGAGCUAAUGACAGAGCAAACCCAGGUGGAAACAUGGUCACAAAGUAAUCUCAAAUCCCUGCUGGUUCUGCCACAGAUCCUGGCUGAGAAACAACCACCAAUGACCAGAGUUUUUGCUGGCGAGAGAAUGACGUGGAUUUCCCCGGUGACCCUGAAGGAACUUCUGGAGGCUAAAGCCAAGUACCCCCAAGCCCCUGUCGUCAUGGGGAACACCUCUACGGGGCCCGAAGUGAAGUUUAAAGGUGUCUUCCACCCCAUUAUCAUUUCUCCCGAUAGAAUUGAAGAGCUGAAUGUUGUAAACUAUGCAAAUAAUGGGCUGACUUUAGGUGCCGGCCUCAGCCUGGCUCAGGUGAAGGACACGUUGGCCGCUGCAGUGCAGAAGCUCCCGGAGGAACGGACGCAGACACUCCGUGCCCUCUUGAAGCAGCUGGGAACGCUGGCCGGGGCCCAGAUCCGGAACGUGGCUUCCUUAGGAGGCCACGUCGUGAGCAGGCAUUUUGAUUCUGACCUGAAUCCCCUCCUGGCUGUGGGCGGCUGCACCCUCAACCUGUUAUCGAAAGAAGGGGCACGGCAGAUUCCUUUAGACGAGCAGUUUCUGAGGAAGUACCCGAGUGCGGACCUCAAGCCUGAAGAGAUCUUGGUCUCAGUGAGCAUUCCCUACUCCAGGAAGUGGGAAUUUGUGUCAGCCUUCCGACAAGCCCAGCGGCAACAGAAUGCUCUCGCGAUAGUCAACUCUGGGAUGAGAGUCUUUUUUGGAGAAGGGGACGGCAUCAUCAGGGAGUUGUCCAUCUCAUAUGGAGGCGUCGGCCCAACCACCAUCUGUGCACAGAAUUCCUGCCGGAAACUCAUUGGAAGGCCCUGGAAUGAAGAGAUGCUGGACGCAGCUUGUAGGCUGGUCCUGGACGAAGUCUCCCUCCCAGGCUCAGCUCUGGGUGGGAAGGUGGAGUUCAAGAGGACUCUCAUCAUCAGCUUCCUCUUCAAGUUCUACCUGGAAGUGUCACAGCUUUUAAGGAGAAUGGACCCUGUUCACUAUCCUUGCCUUGCAGACAAGCAUGAGAGCGCUCUAGAAGACCUUCAUUCUAGGCCUCGCCAGAGUGCACUGAAGUACCAGGAGGUAGACCCAAAGCAGCCUCCUCAAGACCCAAUUGGCCAUCCCAUCAUGCACCAGUCUGGUAUUAAGCAUGCCACGGGCGAAGCCAUCUACCUUGAUGACAUGCCUGCCGUGGACAGGGAACUUUUCUUGGCUUUUGUAACAAGUUCAAGAGCUCAUGCUAAGAUUGUGUCCAUUGAUCUGUCGGAAGCCCUCAGCCUGCCAGGUGUGGUGGACGUCCUAACCGAGGAGCACUUUCAAGGCGUGAAUUCCUUCUGCUUUCUGGGCCAACCUGAGAAACUGCUGGACUCAGAGACGGUGUUUUGUGUGGGUCAGCUUAUCUGUGCCGUGAUUGCGGAUUCUGAGAUUCAGGCAAGGAGAGCUGCAAAGCAAGUGAAGAUUGUCUACCAGGAUUUGGAGCCAGUGAUCUUUACCAUUGAGGAAGCUAUACAACACAAGUCCUUCUUUGAGCCAGAAAGGAAACUGGAAUAUGGAAACAUCGAUGAAGCUUUUAAAGUGGUUGAUCACAUUGUUGAAGGUGAAAUACAUUUGGGAGGUCAAGAACAUUUUUAUAUGGAAACCCAAAGCAUGCUUGUUGUUCCCAAAGGAGAGGAUCAAGAAAUGGAUGUCUACGUGUCCACACAAUAUCCCAAAGGCAUACAGGACAUCGUUGCUUCGGUCUUAAAGCUCCCAGUGAACAAGGUCAUGUGUCAUGUGAAGCGUGUUGGGGGAUCAUUCGGGGGGAAGGCAUUUAAGACUGGAGUCUUGGCAGCCAUCACCGCGUUUGCAGCCAACAAACAUGGCCGUGCCGUCCGCUGCGUCCUGGAGCGGGGAGAAGACAUGUUAAUAACGGCGGGCCGCCACCCUUACCUUGGGAAGUACAAAGCGGGGUUCAUGAAGGACGGCAGGAUCCUGGCCCUGGACAUGGAGCACUAUGGCAAUGGAGGCGCCACCCUGGACGAGUCACUCCUUGUGGUGGAAAUGGGACUCCUGAAGCUGGAUAAUGCUUAUAAGUUCCCCAACCUGCGCUGCCGAGGGUGGGCAUGCAGAACCAACCUGCCGUCCAACACGGCUUUGCGUGGGUUCGGCUUCCCGCAGGCAGGGCUGAUCACCGAAGCCUGCAUCACCGAUGUGGCAGCCAAGUGUGGCUUGUCCCCUGAGGAGGUCCGAACGAUAAACAUGUACAAGGAAAUUGAUCAAACACACUACAAACAAGAGAUUAAUGCCAAGGUCCUGAUCCAGUGUUGGAAAGAAUGUAUGGCUAUGUCUUCCUACUCCCUGAGGAAAGCAGCUGUGGACAAAUUCAACUCAGAGAAUUCCUGGAAGAAGAAGGGGCUGGCCAUGGUCCCCGUGAAGUUUCCUGUCGGCCUUGGCUCCAAGGCUGCUGGUCAGGCUGCUGCCCUGGUCCACAUUUAUCUGGACGGGUCUGUGAUGGUGACUCAUGGAGGAAUUGAAAUGGGGCAGGGGGUCCACACGAAAAUGAUUCAGGUGGCCAGUCGUGAGUUAAGGAUGCCACUGUCCAAUAUCCACCUGCGUGGGACCAGCACGGAAACCAUCCCCAAUACGAAUAUCUCUGGGGGCUCCGUUACAGCAGAUCUCAACGGGAUGGCAGUAAAGGACGCCUGCCAAACUCUCCUAAAGCGCCUGGAGCCCAUCAUCAGUAAGAAUCCUCGAGGCACUUGGAAGGACUGGGCGCAGGCGGCUUUCAAUGAAAGCAUCAGCCUCUCGGCCACCGGAUACUUCAGGGGUUACGAAUCCGACAUAAACUGGGAGACAGGCGAAGGCCAUCCCUUCGAAUACUUCGUUUACGGAGCCGCCUGCUCCGAGGUUGAAAUAGACUGCCUGACAGGUGCUUAUAAGAACAUCAGGACAGACAUCGUCAUGGAUGUUGGCUGCAGUAUAAAUCCUGCCAUCGACAUAGGCCAGAUUGAAGGUGCAUUUAUUCAAGGCAUGGGACUCUACACAAUCGAGGAACUGAAUUAUUCUCCUCAGGGUGUCCUGUACACUCGUGGUCCGGACCAAUACAAAAUCCCCACCAUCUGUGACAUCCCCGCAGAGUUUCACAUUUCCUUUUUGCCUCCAUCUCAAUACUCAAAUACCCUGUAUUCAUCUAAGGGCCUGGGAGAGUCUGGCAUCUUCCUGGGCUGCUCAGUGUUCUUUGCCAUUCAUGACGCAGUGAGUGCAGCGCGACAGGAGAGAGGCCUGCAUGAACCGCUGAGGCUCAAUAGCCCACUGACCCCAGAAAAGAUUCGAAUGGCCUGUGAAGAUAAGUUCACAAAAAUGAUUCCAAGAGACAAACCUGGAUCCUAUGUUCCUUGGAAUAUACCCAUAUGAUCAACACCAAGUUUGGGAGAAAAUCCGGUGACUCUUCCAAUAUAGCAAUCUACCCCGUUUCUAUGCUCUAGGAUGCUCGGUCUGAAAGACAAAUCUCCACCAUUCAGAAAUCAUUUCACAGAGUAUUGCUUUUAUAUGACGCUGACUUUACGUUCCAUUUAGAUUUUGAUAGAUAUGCUUAAGCAAUUUAGAAAUCAUAUUUUAAAUGGUGUAAACACUAGCUGGCUUCCUCCAGAAGAAAUUCCCCAUCACUCUGCCCCUUAAGCCUUUCAGCUGAAUGGAAUAGAAGGUGAUAACUUAUAUGUGAUUCACAUCUGGCUUGUAUCCAACUGAAAUUAUGCUGUCUAGUGAAAGGAAGCUUUCUAAAUGAUUUUAUUAGCAGUAUAAACUGUAAAAGGAUAUUCACUUUUUAAUUUAUAUGCUUUGUAUAUUUUAGUUUUAAAAAACAUGCAUGAAUUUUGUCAUUUAAAGCAAAUUAAUAAACAAAACCCAUUUAACACUUAUAGAAAUAGCGUCUGAAUUCAUUAAGUCUACAUGGUUUAGUUCCAUUUCAUUGACUAAAGGUCUUUGUUGCUGACUGCAGGAAAUUUUACUCCAGGGGGUCACCCUCAGGGCAAGGAGAAGUGUGCAUUGAGUAAGAAUGAGAAUGAGUUGAAAUUUCAAAUUGGUUGAAGAGAGGAGGAAACUGGAGUUAGCAGAGAAAGGUGGGGACAUGAGAGGGUUGAGUGCAUAGAGGCAGGAAGUGACUGAAGGAACACACUCAGAGAACAAGCCAAAA